GCAGUUGCAGAGAAGGUACGAGAAACAGCCCAGCUGCUGCAGACCCGGGGAGGUUCCCCUGUGGAUGCGAGCCCCUGGGGCGGGUGAGGGCGUGGAGAGGCCCGGCCCUGCCAUCAGCCUGGGCGGGAGUGGGGCUUUAGAGUUCGGACGGAGCCCCUGGGACUUGGGAGGGGUCCAUUUAAACCGCGUUCGGACCCUGCCACCCACCCGAGCAGGGGCUGACCGAGAGCCCCCAACUCGGGGAACUGGGCAGCAGCUCGUCUCCUGGAGUCUUUCCUAGGAGCUCCCCACCUGUCCCGAUGGUGGGGCCGCGGGGGCCGUGCAGCCCCUGCUGGGAGGAGGAUGCCUGCCUGGACUAUUACGGGCUGCAGUCCCUGCACCGCGCGUUCCAGGUGGUGGGCGCCCAGCUGACCGAGCAGGAGCUGUCUGUGCUCUCCUUCCUCCUGGAUGAGGCUCUACCAGCACCCGAGGAUGGGGAGCCCAGCCUGGCCCCGGUGGGUGCCCCCGGCCGGCCUCCGGCCCGCUCUGGGCUGGAGCUCCUGCUGGAGCUGGAGAGGAGGGGCCAGUGUGACGAGGCCCACCUGGGGCCCCUGAUGCAGCUGCUGCGGGUGCUGGCCCGGCAAGAUCUGCUGCCCAGGCUCUCACUCAGGCGGGCCCGCCCAGUGUCCCCUGAGCGCUAUGGCUGUAGUCCUUCUGGGUCAGACAUGGAGAGGCCAGAGGGUAACUGUCUGGGCUCAGCCAGUACAACUUCCCGACGGGCUCAGUGGGAGGCAGGUUCACCUCCUGGGAAGAGGCAGAGGAGAAGCCUGGGCCGUUCCAGUGCUGGAGGGAGACGGCGUCGGGGCCCCCAGGGAGCUUCAAGGUCCAAAAAUCCUGGAUCAUCCCCUGCUGCCAACAAAGUGACCUGUGAUAUCCGCCUCCGAGUACGGGCCGAAUACUGUGAGCACGGGACAGCCCUGGCUCAGGGUGUGGUGUCCCGGCGGCCCCAGUCGGUGGCCCGCCAGCUGGACCUGUUUGGGCAGGCCAUGGCUGUGCUGAAGUCCAGGGACCUGGGUUCUGUGGUCUGUGACAUCAAAUUCUCCGAGCUGUCUUACCUGGAUGCUUUUUGGGGGGACUACCUGAGCGGGGCUCUUCUCCAGGCCCUGCGCGGCGUCUUCCUGACCGAGGCUCUUCGGGAAGCUGUGGGCCGGGAGCCGAUUCGCCUGCUGGUCAGCGUGGAUGAGGGGGAUUAUGAGGCUGGCCGGCGCCGCCUGCUGCUGCUGGGUGGCCGUCCCCCCGGGGGAACACAGGCCCUGCCACCACGCUGACUCUGGCCUCUGCCCAGGGCACUGCUGGCUGCUGCCCUUGGACACCCGGGGAGGGGUAUUGCUGCUGCCCUCCCCCAGAUACCACCCUUCUCUGACUCCUUUUUGGGCCAACUAGGAUGUCGGAGGGAGAACCCCCUCCCUGCUGUGGGUGGGCUUGCAGGGCCAAUGAUGCUGGAGCCCAGCUAGCCUGGGGAGGGAGGGGAAGGAGGAGGGUCAUCUUCUCCCUGUUCUCACCUCCUCCCAACAAACCUGGGCUAUCUCUACCAGUGACAGAAGAGUGUAUAUGCCCGAGUAGCUCAGUAGACCUUUUUUCUUAGGCCCACAGUGCCCCUAGCUCAAGCCCCCAAGGCCUUUGUAAACAUCUCCCAGACCGAACCCUGGCUGGGCCUACAGUGCAUAUCUACCCAGAGAGAGGAACACCCCCUCCCCAGCCCGUGACCCCUCCCCUAUGGACUCCAGCCUUCCAGCUGGUGGCAGGGCCCUAGGAAGGGCUGGUAAUGUCUAUGGCCAUCUCUGCAUGUGAGCUGCUGGGGCUUUGGAGACCUAGUCUCACUCCCACAUUUCACUGGUAGGGAAACUGAGGGCCAGAGAGGGCAGAAGGGUUUGCGUCAAGGUGAGGGCUGCGAGUCCCAUCCAGAUCAGCUGGUACCCAAACCCAUGCCUUUUCUGUUGGUCUACACUGCCUUGGGUAGAGGGAUCUGUAGAGCCACGCAGAGUAGGGAUGAUUCUUCACCAUCCCGCAGGAGGCAGUGUGGAGCCCUAGCCAGAUGGCCAGACUUGGGUCCAAAUCCUGACCCUGACACUUAGCCCUUCAUCUCCUGAGCUUCAGUUUCUCCAUCUGCAAAGGAAGGGAGUUGGACUCAUUGGCCAUAGAGGGCUUUGUGCCGCCCUCUCCUUGCAUGAGAGGAAGCAGGAGAAGAGGAAGGAGCUUGCUCUGGGUCACACCUGUUCAGCUGUGCAGCCUUGGGCAGGUUCCAUCCCAUACACAGGGAAACGGCAGCAGUUGUAUGAUGUACAAGUUGUUUGGCGGCUGGUAAUGGCGAGUCGGAGAUUCUGGUGGGCUCAGGAAGGCAAGAGUGGAUAGCUGGCAACCACUAGAUGUGGGUGUAAGAAGGCCCAAGAUGAAAUUCUGGCUCUGUGUGACUUCAGAAAAGCCAAUGUUCUAUUCUGUUUCUGCAUCUGGAAAAUGGGUUUGAUAUGUACUCGCACUACCAGCCUCCCACAGCCUAUGAAUGUUGAGCUGGGGAUGCUGAUCGUCAGGCCAGGGCUGCAAACCCAGCUUGCUCCUGCCCCUGGUACAGACCACUCACUGUUGGUGGAGGGCCUACAAGCCGGCUCAUACCAGUCUGUGACCCCCAGCAAGUCUCUCCCUGCACCUUAGUGAAAUCCCGGGUCUGGUCUCUGUCCCGCCAUACAGGGAAGUUUAGGUGGGUCUACACUGUCCGCCUGGGGAGGGCACAGAAACCCCUAAGGCACAUCUGUUAAUCUUCAAAGUGAUAUAAUAGAAGGUGGUUAGGUUUGGUUUUUUUAUGCCCCCUUGUCCCAACCCCCACCCCCAAACAUUCAGUUAGUCUCUGUGUGUAAGGGGGGGAAUGUUGGCACCUGGGUAUCGGUGGGCACUUGGGAAUGUGGUUGGGGAACCCUGGCAGGUGAGAGAAAAGUCCACCUGAUAUCAAUAAAGAGGAGGCCUGGGAGAGGCCACACUAGGAAUGAAA